AUGCAAGACACACCUCAAGCUCAUCAAGCCUGGGACCAGGCGUCUAACACCGAUCCCUCGGAGUGGACACAGGUGGUCCUGGAGGCCAAGACGACGAAGCCCGCCGGCCUGAGCGCCCACCUCAUGAAGGCCCUGCUCGUGCUGGCUCACCUGGAGGAGGACCUGGACGCGCUGCCCGAGGAGCGCGUGGUGCAGACGGCCGCCCUCACGCAGUGGGCGCUGCAGAGGCUCCACUCCCUGGAGGACUCAGACGAGUGCCAGCAGAAGCUGCUGCACCUCGUGAAGACGUGCCCCGCCGAGGUCGCGUCAGCCCCGGGGCUCGACGUCUCGACGCGCCCGGCGCCGAAGGACGCCCACGCGCCGCGGGACGCCCCGCAGCAGCUGCCGCAGGCGCGCUCGACCGCCAGCUCCGCGGCCCCCGCGGCGGCCUCCACGGAUGCGCCCAAGGUGGCCGCGGCCCCCGACUGGCCGGUCUUCCGAGGCUCCAGCGACGAGCCCACCUCCGUCACAGACUUCUGUGGGUUCGGCGACGCCGCCGCGCCCGCCGGCGCGCCGAGCGAGGUCCUGCAGCCGCUGCGGGACCUGGUCGACCAGUGCCAGAAGGUGCUGAUGCACGAGGCGUCCGACUGCAUCAUGGUGGUCCAGCAGAUCAACCGGCUGGGCCGCCACAGCAGGGAGGUCCUGCGGAGGCAUUUCUCGCUGUACGGCGAGGUCUCCCGCGUGCUAAUCCAGCAGACCAUGGUGAAGCCCUCGAGGAACUCCAGCGGCCAGCAGCGGCCCCGGCCGGGCGGCUUGGGGCUCGUGGUCAUGAGGGAGAGGGAUUCCCUAGAGAGGAUCCUGGAAGCCGGGCAGUGCCACACCGUCGACGGGCAGGUGAUCCUCGUCGAGCGUCUGCCCGCGAAGUUCUUCGUGGACUCCCUGGAGGCGCCGGCGGCGGAGGCGAAGGACGAGCCGGGGAUUGCGGCAGGGGAUCCCGCGGAGGCCAAGGAGGACUCCUCGGAGCAGUACUACAACGGGCAGGGCUCCAACGAGGACGCCGCGUCCGGCUCCAGCGACUCCUGGAACAACAACCACGCCGGCCAGGAUCGUGGCCCUGCCUCUCCGGUGGAGCAAGGGGCGCCGCAGAGAGUGGGGGUGGCCGCGGCAGCGGCCGCGGCGGAGCGAUAG